GCGUACCCUCUCAGAGGUUAGAGAAGGGCAGAGAGACGGAGAGAGGGCUCUGAUUCUCAGCUUUGCGGCUUCAGACUCUCCGCAGAUCCGAAGCCCUUCCACCUCCGAUUGCCGGCAUUUGCUCCGUUCUAUUUCCGAUCGGCGGAAGCUCUUAUCCCAAACCUUAAUCCUGACGCACUCUCCCUUUUCCUAUUUCUCUAUUUCUUUUUCGAGCUUUUCGAGCUGAUCAAUGGCGGCCUUUUCCUUUAUGCUCUGAUCAGCCAAGUUUUGCCAGCAAAUUUUUGUCCCCGCGAGCCUCUACUAACCCCUAUUGAUGGCUAUGACAGCCGAUUCUUCCUCCAACCACCACUCCCCCAGCAGCGGCGGCGACGGCGGCAACAGCCCCCACGUCCGGCGCAAGCACCUCCCUUCCCCGUGGGCCCAGGUAGUCCGCGGCGAACUCGAGCCCUCUCCGGCGGCCAACCAGCCGCAGUCUCCUCCUCCGCAGCUGUCCACUUCUCCGCCAGCUCCCGCAGCCGCUCCAGAGCAAGGUUCCUCCUCGCCGCCUCUCCAAGCCGACGGUGUGCACGUGGGGGCGGAGAGCUCCGAGUCCGAGGCGAACAGCAGCAAUGCAGCUUCUGCUCGCCCCAAAAAGCCCGCUUGGAGCAAACCGCCGCCGGGUGACGGCUCCACUGCCACCACUGCAGACGCCGGGCCGCUGAUGGGUGACGCUGUGUCAUGGCCAGAGCUAUCCAAGGCCGCUAGGCCUGUUCCCAGAGCGGGGGCUCCCGAUUCUUCUUCUCCUCCUCCUUCAAGGACCGUCACUGAAGGAUCUAAUUCCAAUUCUCAGGCCCCUGCUGCUGUAACGAAUCCUCCCAGGAGACAAGCACAUUCUACCAAUAAUCCGAACCCUAACCCAACACCGCACCCCACAGUCCCGGCUCGUCAGAGGCCGAAUAAGCAGCGUGGUGGCGGUGGUGGGUCCGGUCAUCCUCCUCCAGUGCAGCCUAUUCCUCCGCCUCCGCCUCCACCACCGUUUCCCCUCUUCUCGGUGCCUCCUCCUAAUCCUUACCCGAAUCUGCUGUCCCCGGGGACGGGUCCUUCCGUGAGAGAACACAGUGCUAAUUGGGAAGGCAGCAGACCUCUAGGCAGGUUCCCCUCUCAGCCACGUCCCAUUAACGAGCACCGGAAUUUUUCUCGGAGAGGUAGCUUUGGGUCCCACACGCGCGGAGAGGGCCAGAGAGAUCGAGGAAAUUAUGGAAGUGGCAGAGAUGUUAAUGCACAAUCACAUAGAGCCAAUUCGAGAAGCUAUAUGAGAUCCCCGCCUCCGCCUCCGCCUCCCAACCCUCCCCCAUUCCUUCACCCUCCUCCACCUGGUAGGCCUUUCAUGACACCCGUGCCUUAUACUGAUAUGGGUCCUCUAUAUUACCCUCCUGUCCCUAUGGAUCCGUUUAGAGGCGGGAUGCUAUUUGCGAAUGGACCACCUCUUCCUGUGUUUUAUCCUGUCACAGAACCACAUCCCCUACCUGUUUCAUUAGUUCGCCAGAUAGAAUAUUAUUUCAGUGAUGAUAACUUGGCAAAAGACGAAUUUUUGAAGUCAAACAUGGAUAGUGAAGGAUGGGUUCCCAUUAGCUUGAUAGCAGGCUUUCCUCGAGUUAAGACUAUGACCACCGAUGCCCAGCUGAUCUUAAAUUGCUUGAAAGCUUCUACACUUGUGGAAGUACAGGAUGAAAAGGUAAGGAGGCGAAAUGAGUGGAUGAAAUGGGUUCGAGCUCCCGGGCAGUUUUCAUCGGAGGGUGGCUCACCAUCAUUUGCAGGGUCGAGUCAGAAUACCCUUGCAGCUUCUCUUCAGAACAUGGCUAUGGUGGAAGCUGCUGCUGACUCAAGUAGCACAAGCCCACCAGUGCAUCCGGAGGAACAGAACAUAGGCAACACCGAUUCCAGCCACAGCUGAUCAUUUUGUUCUGGGAGUUGCGACGAUUAUAUCUUGAAUUUGUUUCAUUCUUCAUGUGCAAAGACGGUGCUGGUAUGUCGGUUGGGGUUCAGGAUGUGGAAGAUAGAUGAUAAGAUAAUGAUUAUAGGUUGCCCUUAAGGACAGCAAGGGAAACCCUUUUGGGGAUGAAGCACUAUUUAAUAGGUGGGUUUGUAUAGUCUGGAAUUAAGAGUCUAUGGAUGGCCACGGAUUUUUCCUUGGUCUUUUGCUUCUUUAUUUUUCAUUUUUCAGGGAUUUUUUUUUUACGGGUCGCAUUGGGUGGUUCUGAAGAUCGAUAUAAAGUUUUGCCUCGAUAAGAUAAAACAGAUUACAGUCUUUGGAUCCAUAAGGACUCCAUUAUCCAGUGAGUUUUGAAGGAGAUGCAGAGUAGUGUGGCUUCUCUGCUGCUAGGGUUUACAGACAAGGGAUGAUGAUGAUGAUGAUGGGUUUUAUUAUAUUUAUGACAAUUCUUUUUUGGGUUUAAUUGUUGUUUCCUUGC